AUGCCAUUCUCAUGCUGUUCCGCAACGUUUUGCAAAAACAACCGAUACAAUGUCAAUCGAAGAGGGUUAGAUAUAACGUUUCACACCUUUCCCCCGCUGCAGUAUCCACUCACAAAGCAGUGGAUAACGUUUUGCAAGCGUGAAGAAUCAUGGGUACCUCACAAACAUUCGGUACUGUGUUCGGCUCACUUUCGCGAGGACGAUUUUCAAAUGGUGAAUUCGCCCAUGAUUAAGCAAGGCAAACGGAUAAGACAUCUAAAUGCUUUAGCGGUCCCAACCAUCAUCAAUCGUACACCGAUCACUGUUUCGACACGGGAAAAGCUGGAUAAUGUACGUAAGCAACUUUUGGAGAAGCUGUACUCUGUCGACGAUGAUAACCUAGAUAAUGAACCGCCGACGGGGACUGAUCACACGUACAGCGAGGCGAAGGUCGUAAAGGAAACGAAAAAGAAGGGCCCUUUAGCUGGAUGCCGGAAAAGCAUCUUUUUCCUGCAAAGAUUUCCCAACGUGUGUGCCUUUUGUUUGCGAAUCAUACAGGAUCCAAACUUUUUCAUACCAGUCACACACUAUCAAGAAGAACUAGAGUGUACGAUCGAGCAGAAGUUUGAUGAGUUAACUGGAGAUCCCAUGAGCCAAGAGGAUCGUAGCGACGUUCACCACCUGCUGCCGGACAAAGUUUGCAACGAAUGUGUAACAAUGAUUGUAAAAUUUCACCAAUAUCAAAGGCAACUUGAGUGUAUAAAAAAGUUCACUACCGGAAUCGCCCAUCUGCUGUACGGAAAUGGAAAACCGUUGGAAACUCUGUACCAAGAUCAGGGAGCUUAUCUGGUCAAUAUGCUUAAGCAUUUAGAUACAGCUCAAGGCACGCGCGUCAAUCAAUCGUUAGAACAGUUGCUGGAAGAGGUAACAUCGUAUGGGAGCGUAAAGCGUAAUUCGUUGGGCGCCACCACGACAUGCAAACAAAUUCCGGAAGAUGGAAUGUCGAUUGAGCUGUGCUCCUCACCCACGGGACAAACCGUAUUGCCCAACAUCAUAUACGAUGGGCUUCAAUCGGUCAGUCCUACGCCAAGCUCGCAGUCGCUCCAAGCAGGGGGCCAAGGGAUGAUCGAAGACGGGACAGAUGAUAAGAACAGGUCUAAACAGCUGUACACCUGCCCGUACCUGUACAUAUGCAAACAAUGGUUUAUUUCACACGCUGCAAUGCAACAGCAUGUUCGCGAGGAGCACAAAACGUUCAUUUGCCAUGUUUGUGGCUUCAAGAUAGCGUUCUACGAUCUCUACAAAAAGCACAUGGAAAGCCAUUCGAUCGCACGUGCCCUCCUGCUCUCUCAUAACAAACAGAGCGCAAGUUUGGAAACGGAAUGUCACGAUAAUUUGGUGGCACAAGCACAUCAAAGUACAAAUACUGCCCAACGCCCCAAACGACCAAAGAAAAACGAUGUGUCGGGAAAUUAUGUAUGUGGCGUUUGUCUUGGUGUGUUUGUAAAAGAUCAUGAAUUUAGCACCCAUCAAUGUACCUCAUCGGACACAAGCAUUGCAACGCCCAAGGAUAUUUUAAUUGGUAGCAACAGUAAGCGCGAGACCAACGACCAGAACGUAGUAUCGAGUGGAUGGGAUGAUUCUAGAGCAACCACUACUACAAACAAAUCUUCCAAAAGUAUUGGACUACUCCAGAUUGAAUUUCUUUGA